AUGCCGGUAUUUAAGGACUGGGCAGAGCGGCCGGCGCUGUGGCGGCCACCCCAGUGGUGGCACCAGACGGCUCUCCGCGCCGCUCCCAGUCGGCAGAACCUCAGGGCUUCCCCCACCCCCACGCGGCCCAUGGAUUUUAUAGCUGGAGCCAUCGGAGGGGUCUGCGGAGUUGCUGUGGGCUACCCCCUGGACACGGUGAAGGUCAGGAUCCAGACGGAGCCCAAGUUCACGGGCAUCUGGCACUGCAUCCGGGACACGUAUUACCGAGAGCGGCUGUGGGGCUUCUACCGCGGCCUCUCGCUGCCCGCCUGCACCGUGCCGCUGGUCUCGUCCGUGUCCUUCGGCACCUACCGCCACUGCCUGGCGCGCAUAUGCCGCUUCCGCUACGGGCUGCCCACUCGGUGGCAUUGGGCGAACCCAAGGGUGGGUGGGGGCACCCCGUGUUUCACUUGGGGGCUCUUUAUGCCCCAAGGCUCCCCGCCCUCCUGCCACCCCUCCUUGGGGCCCAGCCUGCCCUCGUCAAGGCCCGCGUGGGUCUCCCCUGCAGACGUCAUGGGUGUGCUGAUGGCUGGCGGCUGUGCGGGGGUCCUGGCCUGGGCCGUGGCCACCCCCAUGGACGUGGUCAAGUCGCGCCUGCAGGCGGACGGGCGGGGCCCGCAGCGCUACCGCGGCCUCCUGCACUGCCUGGUGAGCAGCGUGCGGGAGGAGGGCCCGCGGGUGCUCUUCAAGGGGCUGGCGCUCAACUGCUGCCGCGCCUUCCCGGUCAACAUGGUGGUGUUUGUCGCCUACGAGGCCGCGCUGCGGCUCACCCGGGCCUGCUAACCUGGCUGGUCCCACGUGGGCCUCAACCAGCAGCAGCUGCAGCGGGCCUGUGGCUGGAGGAGGAGGGGUGCUCUGGGGUCUGGGCCCCUCCCAGAGCUGUCUCCAGGACGGGGUGCUCCCCGCCGGGUCUGUGAAGGCCUGGCUGGACCUGCCAGCCACAGACACAAGGGGGGCUCUGGCCCCAAGCCCGGUGGCCCCGAGGCCGCAGCCAGCCCCGUUGGUGAGGACCGGUGCCCGAGGGGGGUUCAUGCCUCUGCUGUCCAUUCCCGCUCCCCUGCCCCCCCAGCCACCCCGUGUCUCCAGGUACCCGCGGCUCACCUCUGCCCAUCACGCAGCUGCCUGCUCCGCCACCCCACCCCCUCUGCCUUGCUGCACCCUGGUGUCCCUCCAUGUCAGACGUGGACACAAGGGGCCUCGAGGGGACCCAAGGGCAGCGAGGGUGGGAUCCUCUGACCAGUCUGGGCCCUGCUCAGAGGGCAGCACUGGACACCCAGGGCUGCCCACAGACCCCAGAGGGUCAGUGGGGAAGCCUGGCCAAUAAAGUGUU